AUGUCAGACGGGAGCUCCAGUGACUCCGAUGCGGAGUUUAUCGACCUCACAGGAGGUGAUAAUUAUCAUCCAGACAUUGAUGGGCAUUUCAACGAUGCUCCUGACCAAGAGGAGAUCUCCCUUGGGCUAGACUCCCAUGGGGAGCCAAUCUCCCACAUCAUAUAUCGGCCUGGUGGCCCUAUGGACGUCGAUAACGAAGAGGCAAGCAGUGACGGCGACCAACACACUCCCGAAGUCGAAGGAAGUCUAUUUUUCGAUGACGAUGACGAUGACGAUAACAUCAGAAAUGGUGAUGGCGAUGACGGUGGACACAGAGGACCUCCAUCCCCACCAUCAUCUGAUGACCCGGGUAGCGAAUCCGACGGGUCAGAAGAUAGCGACAAUCAUCAUGACGACGACGACAAUCAGAGUCAGGCAACCCAACCCAACCCAGGGGCUUCGAACGGAGGAAGCCCUGAUGGUGAUGAUUCCGGUGAUGACAGUUCUGACGAUGAAGAAGAGUCAGAUGACGAAGAUGCCGACGAUGAUCCCAUCAAUGACGAUGAUGAGGAAGGGAAUGAAGAACAUGGGCACAAAAAUCCCAACGCUGAUGUACUUCAGGUCCUGGCAGAAGAAAGUGUCGAACGGCCAGAAUGGAAUGCCGAGUGUCUCGACACAUGCCAGCCCCCUUGGUACAGUCUUGCUCGCAGAUUCGCAGAUUACCGUAACCGAUUCCUCUUUAAGAGAAACGAAUUAAGAGAGUGCAAGAGAGUCAACAGAAACCGGGUCACCGGCCUAAAUCGCCAGGUCAGAAGCCUAAGCCACCUGGUGACAGUACUCAAAGAAGCAGUGAGAGAGUUCUACGCCGCCAAUGAAGCAAACAUUCAGGAGAAUGAGAGACUCGUUGAGGAAAAUGAGGCUCUGCGAAGCCUUUUGCCCGAAGAAGAAUUGGAUGAUUUCCCCGACCCUGUUCCUCUAAGGGUCGAGGAUAUGGAGGCAUCUCUGUAUCAGGACAUGAGAGACCAACUGCCGCCAGAUAUCAAGAUGUAUCUUCGCGUAUGGCGACGCGGACCAGCGAAGCCCCGAAAGACCGAACGUCUGUGGCCAAAGGCAUACACGCAUUGGAUCAGACGCGGUCGCCAUCCUGACUACAGCAACUGGGGAGAUAUCUACAAGCUCUCCUGCCAGGAGGAGAACAUGUCUUGGGCAUUCGGAAAACGUACACCACCCAAGACACAUCCUCAUCUUAUCCUGUGUGCCCCGACCCUGGAACAGGAACAGAGCGCUAUCAUAGAUGAGAGUGAGAGUGAGUGUGGAGGCUGCACUCCGCAGCCAUAUUACCGACGCGAAUGCGCACAGGACGAAGAACAAGAUAUGGGCCCAUCCGCUCUCGACCUUCUUUUCCCCAAAUACCGACAUUUCAUCAUGAUCAAGGCCCUUCAGUAUGUUCUGGUUUUUGAUGAUGAGGUUGUUCACGCUAUCUCUCGAUUGGACCCUUUCUUCGAGCCAAAACGUGUGGAUCGGAAUUGUAACAAUAAAGUCUCGCUGCUCCAUCGUUUCCAUAUUGGGCGAGAGAAGAUUUCCCUCACGUUCGGGACAAUUCACCCUCAGGAACUCCUUGCUCCUCUUAUGGGUCGCUUUGCGAACAGAAUCGGAUGCAAGCUCCAGCAUUUGCAGCACAUCGAGCUGUUGUGGAUGGGCUCACAGAAGCUCACGUACAGGAUUGACCAGAAGGGCAAGUACACAUCUCGUCGGACUCAUGAUCUGGCCUAUCUGCCCGAAGCCUGUCGACUAAAGACGGUUGCUAUCCAUCUGCCCGAAUCCUCCAAGCAAUAUAUGCGGCGAAAACACGAGCCGCCACAAAUCGUGGAGUUCCUUGCGCAGAAGACAGCAUCUCAGCCAAACUUCCGCCGCUUUCGUGCGUUGCGCACGUUGCAGGGUGCCGAUUAUCUAUACUGCCUUCGUGGAGUCCGGAAGAUAACAUUCUUCGACUACGACAUGUGGCGAGAUGAUGGCAUGAAGAUGCCAGUUCGUGACUGGACCUUUGUCCGUGAUAUCAAUGAGUCUGUACGCAGGGACAAGUCUGUAUAUGACGAACACUUCUCCCAGCUUCGGUACUUGGCUCCCUUGUUGAACGUCCAGCCUUCCGUCCAACUCGCUGCGCAGCUUGAGGGAUUCCUCAACCCGGGGCCUCAGCGAAUGGGUCUCUUGUCACCUCCUCCUGAUAUGUACCCCCAGCUCCAGGCCGCUCUGGAGCAGGCUGAUGGCUCCGAGAAUGAAUCUGAUGGCGAUGCCGGCGGCGGAGAUUCUGAUGAAGAGAUGGGGGGCGACACUGACGACGAUGAUGAUGACGGUAGUGACGGUGAUGACGGUAGUGACGGUGAUGACGAUGACGAUGAUGGCGGCGGUGACGGCGCCGCAGAUGCACACUUCAACUAUCAACAUCUUGCUGCAGAUGGUCAUGGUCGUGAGCGAGAUGAGAGCCCGGCUAAUCUCGAUGAGGUGGCAGCAGAAUUGUCCGAUAUAUUAUCUGAUAAUCAAUCUGAUUCCGACUCCGAACAAGAGCAGAAGGAAGAGGUAUGGUCAGAUAAUGGGCAAAUAAUCGACUUAAUGAGCGAUGACGAGGACGACGAUGGACCGCAGUAUGGAAGAGACCGGUCCACCUCUCUCUUCGUUCGAAGUCCCCCACGGGAACAUCAACCUGAGUUCAUCACCAAGGUUGAAUCGCCAUCUCCUCCCAGGGCAACUCCUCCAGCUCUCGCUAACCAGGAUGGAAUAACGCCGUUGAGGGAGACCCGCGCGGACAGUAGCUUGUUUGUGAGCCCUACCCCCUAUGAGGCUCUGAACCCCCAAGCAGGAGAUCGCUCAUCGCCAAUUGACCUCACUGAACAUAUGGGGGUAUCAUUCUCUUCUCCAGCCCCAUCCUCACGCUCGAGCUCUAGCAGCUGUUCUUCAGGAAUCAAGCGAGAAUGGAGUUUUAUCAGCGUGGAUGACGAUGACGAGAACGAUAGUGACGAUGAGGAUGAGGAUCAAGGCUUCCGGCUCUUGGGAAGUUUUCCCAAGCGGCCACGCCUUCCUGAUGGUGAUGGUGACGGCGACGGUGCUGAAAUGAUGGCCAUGAGGGAGGAUCUUGAGGAGGAGUUUGUCCUGGCUUAA